AAUAGAGGAUCACCAGCAGGUUCCCAACUCCGCUACCAAAGGAGGGAGGAAUUGGCUGAGAAGAUAUAUUCUUUAUAUAUUUUUUACCUUCUUCUAGAGUUGGCAGCAUCAUCUCGUAGGCUAUCAUUUUCAAGGGGUCGACUUUAAAACGAGCCACACCAUUGAUGUCUUAAGCUGUCGUGGAGCAAAGGGAGAGUGUGUGUGUGUGUGUGUGUGUGUGAGAGUGAGUGAGUGAGCGAGUGAGUGAGUGUGGUGAUUUUUUUUUUUUUAAAAAGGAGAGAAGACAGUGAUGGAAGAGCUCACCGCUUUCGUGUCUAAGUCUUUCGAUCAGAAAGUGAAGGAGAAGAAGGAAGUGAUAACCUACAGGGAGGUGUUGGAGACCGGGUCGACGCGAGCAGGAAGCAGGGAGUCUUUAACCGCGGAGCCGGGGAGCCGAGAGGAGGCUGCAGCCAUCACCCGGAACGGUGCGCUCUCGCCGGGCAGGGAAACGGACAUGCUCGGCCCGGAUAGAAUCAGGGACGCCGGGAGCCCCAAACUCAUAGACGGCAACACAGAUGUGAAAGAAAGGAAAGAAGAUUCGAAGCCUUUAGAGGACGAGGCACAGACUAAAAUCAAACAGAGGAGAAGUCGGACUAACUUCACAUUAGAGCAGCUCAACGAGCUGGAGCGGCUCUUUGACGAGACCCACUACCCGGACGCCUUCAUGCGGGAGGAGCUCAGCCAGCGGCUGGGCCUGUCAGAGGCCCGAGUACAGGUUUGGUUCCAGAAUAGAAGAGCCAAAUGCAGAAAGCAGGAGAACCAGUUACAUAAAGGAGUCCUGAUUGGAGCAGCGAAUCAGUUUGAAGCUUGUCGUGUAGCGCCAUAUGUCAACGUGGGGGCUUUACGGAUGCCAUUCCAACAGGAUAGUCAUUGCAACGUGCCGCCCUUCUCCUUUCAGGUGCAGGCGCAACUGCAGCUGGACAGCGCCGUGGCCCACGCGCAGCACCACCUGCACUCUCACCUGGCGGCGCACGCGCCCUACAUGAUGUUCCCCGCGCCGCCGUUCGGGCUGCCCCUGGCGACGCUCGCGGCCGAGUCUGCUUCCGCCGCGUCCGUCGUGGCCGCCGCCGCGGCCGCCAAGAACACCAGCAAGAACUCGAGCAUCGCCGACCUGAGACUGAAGGCCAAAAAGCACACGGCAGCGCUGGGACUGUGACGCCAGGUAGACUGGGGGGCACGGGGCGCGCACGCGCACGCGCUUUCUGCCAUGUCCUCGCGACUGAGAGACACUGAACACAAACGCUUACAAAGUGAAAAUAUCCAAGAACAAAGUGAGAAAAAAUUAUCCAAGGACGAUAUUUAUGUUUUCUUUUUUUAAAUGAAGGACGACGAGUAUAACUAUAAAAAAAAAAUAUAUAGGCUAUUUAUGAGACAAAGAAAAGACAAUGAAAAAAAGAGACUAUGACGUAAUAGCCUAUACAUGUGUGGGGUUUUUUUUGGACGCCAAAUAAAGUGGCGGAUGGAUAGCAAGGCUACGCAGGGUCCUUCUCUGGAGCCGCAUGGCUGAGGAGGGCGGCGGGACACCCUGAGAAGGUGGAGGAGGAUGCAGCUGGCACGGUCGAUACUUUGUCAAACAAGGCGAACCAUUCUGCAGUUGUUCCGUUUUAAUAUUAUAUUAUAAUUGUUAUGAUUUCAUUUUGAACAUAUAGAGGCUGGCCUCGUUAUAAAACACUUUCUCUGUAAAAGGACAGAGCGGGAAUUCUUUGACGAAGCAGAGACGACAACAACAACAACAACAACAAAAAAGGACAAUAUUCUCCCUCUUGUGUUUCUUGUCCACGAUUCAAAAUGCCCAAGCUGUGUUUGCAUGAGUUUUCACGGAUGACGUGAUGUGAGCCAUCUCUCCACCCCUCUUUCUCUCUGUCUUCAUCUUCCCUUCCCUCUCUGAGGAAGGGCCACUCUCACUUGAAUGUUUGGACUAUAUUCGACCUGUUUGGGCCUCCUCUGGUAAAGGUGAAACCAUAGGCGACACACCAGAAACGUGAGAUUAUAUAAUAUAUGAUGACCCUUUUGUCACAGGAUAACCCGUAAGAUGGUGAUUUGUCCCCUUUUAAAGGAGCAUUAUGUCAUCUUAAACACAGUGAACACGCGACCAAAUGACAGUAACACGAGGACGGUACGGGCACGUGUAAAAUAUGUUUAUACACAAGACACAUGCAUUAUUUUUUAUUAUUUAGUGGCUUUAUGAAUGCCUUGUGGGGAAUUUGUUCAUUUUGUAUUUUACUUUAUUUCGUGUAUUAAAAAAAACAUGUGCUUUCUGUAUGUAAUUUUGAUGUUUUUAUAACAGUGAAAGUGAACACUUAUACCUGAGGCACGGGUUUCUAAAAAAAAAAAGAAUACUCAUAAAAUUGUUUUACUUUCUCCAUCACAUGUGCAACGUGAAUCCACCUAAACAAACUGUUUUUCGUUCCUAUAAUAAAUUAACAAAAGUUUCCUUAA